CAUGAUGAACGGCGGCAACAGUCUGAAGCUCCCUGGGCUGAACUGGCAGAACGGGAACAACAUGGAAACCGCGGGCUUCUCCGAGGGCGACCUGCUGCUGCAGGCGUUGAACGGGUUUGUGAUUGUGGUCACGUCCGAGGGUUUGGUGUUUUAUACCUCUCCCACAAUCAAGGAAUACCUGGGCUUCCACCAGUCGGACGUGGUUCACCAGAGCGUCUUUGAUCUCAUCCACACUGACGACAGAGACAUGUUCAGGCAGCAGCUGCACUUCGCCCUGAACCCUCCGCCGAUCAGCGAGGCAGAGAACGGCUUGCAGAGUUUUGGUAACGCAGAGAGGUACAGUCCCGAGCACCUUCCUCCAGAGAACUCGUCCAUCCUGGAGCGGAGCUUUGUGUGUCGCUUCCGCUGCCUCCUGGACAACUCGUCCGGUUUUCUGGCGUUGAAGUUCCAGGGGCGUCUCAAGUUCCUCCACGGUCAGAGUGUUGUGAGGGACAACAGGAAGAGCGACCCCCCUCAGCUGGCUCUGUUCACCAUCGCCAUGCCUGUUCAGGCUCCGUCCAUCGUGGAGAUCAGAGCCAAGAUGCUUCUGUUUCAAACCAAACACAAGCUGGACUUCACACCGACGGGCAUCGACAGCAGGGGGAAGAUUAUUCUGGGUUACUCAGAGACUGAACUGUGUAUGAAAGGCUCCGGCUACCAAUUCAUCCACGCAGCUGACAUGAUGCACUGCGCUGACAACCACAUGCGCAUUAUCAAAACAGGAGAGAGCGGCCUCACAGUCUUCAGGCUCCUCAGUAAGUCGAACAGCUGGGUGUGGGUGAAGUCCAACGCCAAGCUGAUCUACAAAGGAGGACGACCGGAAUUCAUCAUCGCAUAUCAGAAAGCUAUACUCAACACCGAGGGUGAGGAGUAUCUGCGUCAGAGGAGCCUGCAGCUUCCCUUCACGCUCACCACAGGAGAGGCCGUCCUCUACAACACCGGCCCCACCGUGGACAUCGGGCUCUUCCAGUUCAACAAAAUGUUCAACAGCACGGACGUAAACAAGGACACGCCCCCCCGCUCUCUGCUGGACUGCUUCCUGAGACAGGAUGAAACGGCGUACACGCAGACGGUGGAUCCGCCCACACCUGUGGACCAGGUGUUCAAAGACAGCAGCGCUCUGGUCAGCAUCCCCAGUGACGCGUGGCAGGACAACAGGGCCGUGGCCGCCACAGGCGACCCCGCCGCCGUGAAAGUAGAGGCCAAGCAGUCUGUGAUGGCUGUGAUCGACAACUUGGCGAAACUGGCUCAAGAGGGCGACUUCAGCGCGGCGCUGCAGAAUCUGGAGGUGGACAACUCUGAGCUGAUCGAGUGGGAAAACGCGCUCAAGAGAUUGGGUCAGGAGGACGAUCAUCAGAACAACGUGAGCUCGGAGCUGGACAGCGUCCUCACGAAUGACAUAUUCGACUACAUCGACAGGGUUUUGUUCCAGGAGAAGGGAGGCCAAGUGCUGGACGCCAGACGUCCCAGCAGCCUCUGCAGUAAUCCACAGGAGCCCUUCGGUGACGCUGCUCUGUUCUCGGCCACUCAGCUCUGUGAGCCACCGUUGUUUGAUACUCAGAGUCCUGAUCGUACCUUCUCUCCAAAGAACGGACUCUACGCUCACCAGCAGGAUCUAGGACAGAGCUUAUCCGACAGAACCCAGAAGGUCUCGCACCAAGGUCCCUUCGUCGCUGCAGCCGACACCAACCUGCCGCCUCUUCAACAGCUGCAGCUCCAGGACAUUUUCAGCCCGUCGAUAGAGCUCCCGGAGCUCGUUGUCCCCGACGUCCCGGCCCCAUUCCAGGUGCCCGUCGGCCACAUGGGAGGGGAACAGAGGAUCCCUGCUCAGACGCAGUCCGGCCAGUUCCUGCCGAACUAUCUGCUGGCCCCUGGGAUGGGGAAUGGACACAUGCUGCAGAACUCUGUUCAUCAACCAAAGAACCUAGCACCGGGCGCGAUGGACAUUUUACCACCACUGAUUCCCUGCAAUGACUUAAGUUCCUCUGCCGCACAGAGCGUUCCCAUUCCCUUCGCUGCAGCUUGUCUUCAGGGAGGUCCCCCCUUUGACACGCACAAGGUUCAGCCGUGGCCACAGAGUCAGCAGCAGAAACUGCCUCAGUCUGGCGUCGCGCAGAACGGACCCGAGCUGACGCCGGCCUGUCACGGCCAAACUCCCGAAAGCCAAACGGUCCCGCACAGUGGUCUGUGGCCGAGGCGAGUUACCGGACUGAACCACGCUCUGCAGGGCGGGCUGGCGUGUGGACAGGCCGCUUCUCACAGCAGCUGCAUGUUUGAGCAGCACUUUUCCUCCAGUCCAGCAGUGGGCGACGUGCAGACGGGAGCGACGCUGCAGCCGAGUCCUCUUCAGGGUUCCUGCUGCUUCCAGUGGAGCCGCAGCGAACCGGGAGCGUCCACCGUCAACCAGGAGAACGUCAUGUCAGAGCACAUUCAGCACUACCAGGAAAACCACAGGCAGACACAGGAUGAACAACUCUCGGCUGAAGUCAAUGGGAUCUUUGUGGCUCCUCCUCACGACGUAGCCAUGUACUUGGCGUAGUGGGAGGACGACCCGGCGCCUGAAUCAGAGCUUUCCAUGUUUACCCUCCUGUUAUAUGUUUUAUAUCACUGUGUAUUAUAUCGACUGUGUCCGCGCUCAUGUUUGUCAGUUUCUAGUGAAGAUACACUUUAAAAAAAAAUAA